UUCUCGUUUGCUAAGUCAAACGACACCGCUGGUUCUGCUCACACUGCCCUACCCUGUGCUCUGACCUCUUUCUCCCCUCUCUCUCCAGAUGAAAUCUCGCGUCUUGUGACGGCCGGCCGCCCAACAACCUGCCCGCUCGACCCUAUCCCCUCCUCUCUUCUCCAGACCAUUUCCGGAAACCUUCUCCCUUACCUCACCUCGCUCAUCAACUCAUCCCUGACCGCUGGCUACGUCCCUUCCGUCUUCAAGAGAGCGAGAGUUGCACCCCUUCUGAAAAAACCUACACUCGAUCCCUCCGAUGUCAACAACUACAGACCAGUAUCCCUUCUUUCUUUUCUCUCCAAAACUCUUGAACGUGCCGUCCUUGGCCAGCUCUCCCGCUAUCUCUCUCAGAAUGACCUUCUUGAUCCAAAUCAGUCAGGUUUCAACACUAGUCAUUCAACUGAGACUGCUCUUCUCUGUAUCACGGAGGCGCUCCGCACUGCUAAAGCUAACUCUCUCUCCUCUGCUCUCAUCCUUCUAGACCUAUCGGCUGCCUUCGAUACUGUGAACCAUCAGAUCCUCCUCUCCACCCUCUCCGAGUUGGGCAUCUCCGGCGCGGCCCACGCUUGGAUUGCGUCCUACCUGACAGGUCGCUCCUACCAGGUGGCGAAUCGCAUCUCUGCAUGUCUGGCAGACAUAUCAGUGUGGAUGACGGAUCACCACCUCAAGCUGAACCUCGGCAAGACGGAGCUGCUCUUCCUCCCGGGGAAGGACUGCCCGUUCCAUGAUCUCGCCAUCACGGUUGACAACUCCAUUGUGUCCUCCUCCCAGAGCGCUAAGAACAUUGGCGUGAUCCUGGACAACACCCUGUCGUUCUCAACUAACAUCAAGGCGGUGGCCCGUUCCUGUAGGUUCAUGCUCUACAACAUCCGCAGAGUACGACCCUGCCUCACACAGGAAGCGGCGCAGGUCCUAAUCCAGGCACUUGUCAUCUCCCGUCUGGAUUACUGCAACUCGCUGUUGGCUGGGCUCCCUGCCUGUGCCAUUAAACCCCUACAACUCAUCCAGAAUGCCGCAGCCCGUCUGGUGUUCAACCUUCACAAGUUCUCUCACGUCACCCCGCUCCUCCGCUCUCUCCACUGGCUUCCAGUUGAAGCUCGCAUCCGCUACAAGACCAUGGUGCUUGCCUACGGAGCUGUGAGGGGAACGGCACCUCAGUACCUCCAGGCUCUGAUCAGGCCCUACACCCAAACAAGGGCACUGCGUUCAUCCACCUCUGGCCUGCUCGCCUCCCUACCACUGAGGAAGUACAGUUCCCGCUCAGCCCAGUCAAAACUGUUCGCUGCUCUGGCUCCCCAAUGGUGGAACACACUCCCUCACGACGCCAGGACAGCGGAGUCAAUCACCACCUUCCGGAGACACCUGAAACCCCACCUCUUUAAGGAAUACCUAGGAUAGGAUAAA